AUGUCCGCCAACACAACGCCUCAGACUCAGUCGCAUCCCUAUGAGCACAACGGCGAGGUCGAUGUGCCUAUGGAAGAUGCAGAUCCUUAUAACCGAACCAAAUAUCCUCCGCGACCGACUCAUCAACACCGCCUGUCUACCCAGUAUAUUCCCGAGAUCUCAACAGCUGCACAGCGCUACUCCCCAAUGAAUGCUCAAUCUACGGGUGCUGGGUACGUCGCCAGUCCCAAAACACAGAAUCCUACCUCUUUCUCCUACCUCAACCAGGCCCAGCCUACGCGACAGUCUCCCCCUCGUCAAGGUAGCUACAAUGCCGAGCGCUACACUGAAGCUCCGACCCCAACGAGAUACCCGUCCGAUUAUGGUUCUGCCCUUCAGAGCUCCACGUUGAGCCCCGAUUCCUUUUAUUCGACCUCUGCAGGCAACGCACGCCCUGCUCCUCUGUCAAGACAACAAUCACAGCAUCAAGGACUGGGACCUGUGCCGAAGUUCAGAAACGUCAAAACCAUGCAAGAUCUCAACCCCAAAGUCAACUCACAACCACCUUAUCGCCGGGCGAAUCCAGAAGGCGGGUUUAUCAGCCCGUUGCAAGCGCUUACCACCUACCUCCCAGCGACGUACCGCAUAUGUAAUCCUAGCUUCAAAUACGAGUCAUCCCGAAAUCCGAGGCGGGUUUUGACAAAACCGAGCAAAGGAACAAAGAAUGAUGGCUACGAUAACGACGAUAGCGACUACAUUCUCUACGUCAACGAUAUUCUGGGCAGUGAAGAGGCAGGCCACAAGAAUAGAUACUUGAUUUUGGAUGUCCUAGGUCAGGGCACUUUUGGUCAAGUGGUGAAGUGUCAAAAUUUGAGAACCCAAGAAGUUGUUGCGGUCAAGGUCAUCAAAAAUCGCACGGCUUACUUCAAUCAAAGUAUGAUGGAAGUCUCAGUCCUCGAUCUGCUGAACCAGAAACUCGACAAGAAUGACGACCAUCAUCUUCUGCGACUCAAAGACACGUUCAUACAUCGGCAACAUCUGUGUCUUGUUUUCGAACUCCUCAGUGUCAACUUAUAUGAAUUGAUCAAACAGAAUCAAUUCCGAGGUCUCAGCACGACACUUGUCCGUGUCUUUGCGCAACAGUUGCUUAACGGGUUGACCUUGUUGAACAAGGCGCGGCUGAUCCACUGUGAUCUGAAACCAGAGAAUAUACUCUUGAAGAACCUGGAAAGUCCGAUCAUCAAAAUUAUCGACUUCGGAUCUGCCUGCGACGAAAGGCAGACUGUCUACACUUACAUACAAUCUCGAUUUUACAGAUCGCCUGAAGUUUUGCUGGGACUCCCUUAUUCGUCUGCUAUUGAUAUGUGGUCUCUUGGAUGCAUUGUUGUGGAGUUAUUUCUGGGUUUGCCGCUCUUCCCUGGUUCAUCUGAGUAUAACCAAGUGUCCCGAAUUGUCGAAAUGCUGGGAAUGCCGCCGACGUGGAUGUUGGAGAUGGGGAAGCAGUCGGGAGAAUUCUUUGAAAAGACGACGGACGAGUUCGGUCGUCGUACAUAUCGACUCAAAAGCAUGGAGCAAUACUCUCGCGAGCACAACGUCAAAGAGCAACCUAGCAAAAAGUACUUUCAAGCAACCACACUCCCCGAGAUCAUUCGGAGCUAUUCUAUGCCCCGCAAGAAUAUGAAACAAGCCGAAGUGGAAAGAGAAAUGAACAACCGCAUCGCCUUUACCGACUUUGUUCGCGGAUUGCUCACCAUCAACCCCCUAGAACGCUGGUCGCCCCAGCAAGCCAAGCUACAUCCUUUUAUCACGCAGUCAAAGUUUACGCAACCAUUUGUUCCCCCUAUGAAUCUGAAGUCUCCGUCUAGCAAGACCCCGGCACCCGGUGUGCAGCAGCAGCAACAAGCUGAAGCACUCAGCAAACAACGGGCUGCUCAAGCCGCUCAGGCUCAGGCACAAGCAGCACAAGCGGCUCAUGCGCAAGCCCAGGCGCAAUCAGCGGCUCAGAACGUCUACACGAUGCAGAUGACUCCUUAUCCACAAUCUCAACCGCCACCAAUGUACAGCAAUAUGUACCCGGCCCAUCCACAAGGUGCACCGCCGCCUUAUCCAACUCACUCGUCAAACUAUCCUGCACAAAUGGGUAUGAUGCAGCAAACUCCGCAGAUGAAUCCGAGUCACUACAACCACCAGCAGAGUCUGUACGCGCAGGCCACGCAAAGGGCCGGCCGUCAACGUGCUUCAACCAUGGAUCAACAACAGGCGGGCAUCCCUGCAGCCAUCCAACGUGUUGCUAGUCAUCUUGAUCCGAACCAACCAAUUCGACUUCAACCGAGUCCUGCGUAUUAUCCACCUCCAGCAGAUGGAUAUGUCGAUUCGCCAUCGACCGCCAGAAGACGUGGGAGUCGAAACCAAAGAAAUCGCGAUUUCAUCCGGACCCUGGAAGAUGGCGCGAUGGGUGACAGCUUUAUGAGCAAGGCGCAGUGGCAUUGA